AUGAAACCUGAAAGUAAUCUGUCGGCAUUUUUUCAGGUAGAACGGGUGCUGAAUGAAAGUGUUGCUGCUUUGGCAGAAAAGGAAGUAAUUUCGCCUACAUUAGCACGCAUGCUCCUUCAUGCCAAUGAAUGGGACGUGAACAAGGUUUCCUCCCUACUUUUGACCAACGGUGCAGCAACACUCCGGUCCAGUGGUAUUCUUCCUCCAGGAGCAGCAACCGUCUCAAGGCAAAGCUCUGCUCUCUCGUACUGCGCAGUGUGUGCUGAAGAAGGUCUCCUUGAAAUGCGUGCAUUGGCUUGUGGCCAUGCCUUCUGCGCAAUGUGUUGGCGUCUACACAUCGAAGCGAAGAUAUCUGAAGGAGUAGCGUCCCGGUUGGAAUGUAUGGAACCCAGUUGUCCUCUAUUAUGCCCGAGUGAAUUUGUGCUCCGGAUUCUUGACAAACCACAAUUUCGUAUGAGCGUUUUGUCUUUCCUUCAUUUGUUUCAGACUGUGAUACGGUCUAAAGAGAAAAAACCAAAAAGAGUUACCUGCUCGACCUGUAACACUUCAUUCUGCGUUGCUUGUGGUGUCGACUAUCAUGCUCCAACUUCAUGUGAAACAAUCAAGCAGUGGUUGCUUAAAUGCGCUGACGACAGCGAGACUGCCAAUUAUAUCAGUGCUCACACUAAGGAUUGCCCCCAGUGUCACUCAUGUAUAGAAAAAAAUGGAGGAUGCAAUCACAUGCAAUGUGCCAAAUGUAAACACCAUUUCUGUUGGAUGUGCUUUGGAGACUGGAAAACCCAUGGCAGUGAAUAUUAUGAGUGUAGCAGGUACAAGGAGAAUCCUUCCGUGGCUGCUGAGGCUAAUCAUGUGAAGGCUCGGCGAGCCCUUGAAAAGUAUCUACAUUACUAUGAACGAUUUGAGAAUCACAGCAAAUCUUUGAAGCUGGAGCAGCAGUUCCGUGACAAGAUCCAGCGGAAAAUUGAAGCUAAGGUGAACGAUCAUGAUGGCACGUGGAUCGACUGGCAAUAUCUUCACAAUGCUGCUACACUUCUUACGAAAUGUCGUUAUACCCUACAGUAUACGUACCCUUUUGCAUAUUUCAUGGAAAACGGUGCGAGGAAACAACUAUUUGAAUACCAACAAGCUCAGCUGGAAAAAGAAGUGGAAGAAUUGGCAUGGGCUGUGGAAAGAGCAGAUUCGACAGCUAGAGGAGCUCUUGAAGCGCAUAUGCAUCGAGCUGAACAUAAACGCACCAGUCUUCUUCAUGAUUUCUUCUUCUGA